CUGCUAUCACAAACAGCGAGUCAAUGACAAGCUACCAACCGAUCGUGUGUCUGAAACACUGAAAGGAGAGCUUAUCACCUAUAAUACAAAAAGGAUCACAACAUGGCCAGGUAGCUGUUGAGAGCUAUGGGGUUUUUCAGACAGCUCGUCCUCCUGCUUUGGAAGAACAUCACGUACCGCAGGAGGAACAAGAUCCAGCUGAUCAUCGAGCUCCUGUGGCCGCUCUUCCUCUUUGUCAUCCUCAUCUCUGUCCGUCAUUCGCACCCUCCUUACAAGCAGAGCCAAUGUCACUUUCCAAACAAAGCCUUGCCAUCAGCAGGCACCUUGCCCUGGAUUCAGGGCAUUAUCUGCAACAUCAACAACCCCUGCUUCCACAGUCCAACACCAGGAGAGACACCGGGGCAAGUUGGCAACUUCGACAACUCCAUACUAUCUCGUCUCUUUGUGGACGCCCAGACUGUUCUGUCCUACAGUGGAAACCGGAGCUUCUCGGGCUUUCAGGACCUGAUGGAGAGCGUCCGGAGCCUGGGAGAGAGACCUGGAGUGUGGCCAACAGAAAAAGUAGAAGAUUACCUGAGAGCCAAUGAGACGUUUUCAACCUUCCUCCUCACCAACGGCAGCCUGUCGCCUACGACCGUGGACCAGCUGAUGAAGGCUCGUCUUAACUUACAGGUUACUAUGGCUGGAGCUCAGAUGCAGCUGAAGGACUUGGUGUGUAACGCGAGCGUGUUAGGACAGUUUCUGACGGUGGAUGGAGGAGAAGCUGUCAUGAAUGAUCUUCAGACUCAGCUGUGUGACCUGCCUGCAGACAUCCUGCAAGAGGCAGAGCGACUUUUUCUCUCACAGCUCGACUUCACCAAGUUCUUCACGAGAGACCGACUGAUGGCCAACGCUGGCGACCUCAGGGUCAUCAGUCAGGCCGUUACUUCAGUUUCCCAGGAGUUGGCUAUCCUCAUGGAUGAUUUUUCCUCCCUCUCCAGCUUUGUGGAGAUGAACGCAGCUCUUCGUCUUCUGUCUCCGGAGAAUCGCACGACGCUGCCCAGAGAGAGUUUCCGAGCUUUUUCUAGGAUCAUGUGCGGUCACCCUGAGGUUGGCGGCGAACGCAUCCCGUCGCUCAACUGGUAUGAGGACAAUGACAUCAAGUCCUUUUUAGGCAAAAACGGCACAGAGGACGCGGACCUGGACCGUGACAACACCACCACUCCGUUCUGUAAAAGUUUGAUCCAGGGUCUGGAGUCCAACCCUCUGUCUCGUAUUGUGUGGAGAGGAAUCAAACCUCUCUUUAUUGGAAAACUGCUGUACACCCCAAACACUCCUGCAAUACAACAAGUCAUGAAAGAGGUGAACAAAACCUUUGAGGACCUGCAGAUCCUUCAGGAGCUGAAUGAGGCCUGGAUGGAGGUGGGACCACGCAUCAAGAACUACAUGGAGAGCAGUGUGGAGAUUCAGCUGCUGCAGAAUUUGUUGAGGCGGCCGGAGGUUGCAGUACUGGUCAACCUGCGUUUGGAGAACACAUCCUGGACGGCUUCGCAGAUCGCUCGUUUCCUGUCCACACCCUCACCAGACGCCCCCAGGAAUCCUGGAGCACGACCUACCUGGUUGGACAUCUACAACGACAUCAGCCACACCAUCACCACCCUCGCACAAGUCACUGAGUGUUUCUCUCUGAACAAACUGGAGGGGCUGGAGACUGAGGGUCAGUUGAUUGACAGAGCAUUGGAACUGCUGGAGGACAGGCAGUUUUGGGCGGGUGUGGUUUUCCUGCUGCCCAAUGUCUCAUCUCCUGAGCUUCCGCCCCAUAUCACCUACAAGAUCCGAAUGGACAUCGAUGAUGUGACCCGGACCAACAAGAUCAAGGACAGGUUUUGGGAUCCUGGCCCAGCAGCUGAUCCAUUUAAUGACAUGCGCUACAUCUGGGGUGGCUUUGUGUACAUCCAGGACCUGGUGGAGAGAGCUGUGAGCCGAGUCCUAACUGGAGUUCAGCAGACCACGGGCAUCUACAUCCAGCAGAUGCCCUACCCCUGUUAUGUUGACGAUGUUUUCCUACGAGUGCUGAACCGCUCCCUGCCGCUCUUCAUGACGUUGGCCUGGAUCUACUCGGUUGCCAUGAUCAUCAAAGGCGUGGUGUAUGAGAAGGAGGCGAGGCUAAAGGAAACCAUGAGGAUUAUGGGUCUAGGAACAGGAACACUGUGGCUCAGCUGGUUCAUCAGCAGCGUGGUUCCUUUCCUGGCCUCUGCAGCGCUUCUUAUUGCUCUGCUUAAGUGGGGGGACAUCUUGCCAUACAGCGAGCCAACUGUUGUCUUUUUCUUCCUGAUGGCGUUUGCCACCGCCACCAUCAUGCAGUGCUUCCUCAUCAGUACCUUCUUCUCCAAAGCCAAUCUGGCUGCUGCCUGUGGGGGCCUUAUAUACUUUGGCCUCUACCUGCCCUAUGUGCUGUGUGUCGCCUGGAGAGACCACCUCAAUACCACACACAGAGUCCUUGCUAGUUUCCUCUCUCCUGUGGCAUUUGGGUUUGGCUGUGAGUACUUCUCUCAGUACGAGGAGCAAGGUGUGGGCAUCCAGUGGUACAACCUGCACUCCAGCCCUGUGGAAGGGGACACCUACAGCUUCACUACCUCCAUAAUCAUGCUUUACGUGGAUGCCUUCAUCUACGCCACUGCAGCCUGGUACAUAGAAGCUGUGUUCCCUGGUGAAUAUGGCAUCCCCAGGCCUUGGUAUUUCAUCUUCCAGAUCAACUACUGGGGUGGAGUGCCCCUGGAGGCAGGCAUGCCGAUCCCACCAGCACCUGCAGAGCAGGAUGAAGAUCACAUUGAACCAGAACCCAGUAAUUUGAUUCUGGGCGUGAGCAUCAGAAACCUGGUGAAAAUCUACAAGAAGGGAGCCAAACUGGCUGUCAACCACCUCAACCUGAAGUUCUAUGAGGGGCAGAUCACCUCGUUCCUUGGCCACAACGGAGCUGGCAAGACCACCACCAUCUCUGUCCUGACAGGCCUGUUCCCACCUACCUCUGGGACUGUGUACAUAAAGGGGAUGGACAUUCGCCACGACAUGGACAUCAUCCGAAGGACCCUGGGCGUUUGUCCACAACACAAUGUCCUGUUUGACAUACUAACAGUGGAGGAGCAUGUGUGGUUUUAUGGGAGUCUGAAGGGUUUGUCUGAAGCGGAGGUGAAAGCUGAGCUGGACACUCUACUGGAGGACGUUGGUCUGCUGCACAAACGACACGAACAGACCAAAAACCUCUCUGGUGGCAUGCAGAGGAAGCUGUCUGUGGCGAUAGCAUUUGUUGGAGGAUCUAAGGUGGUUGUUCUGGAUGAACCUACAGCUGGGGUUGAUCCUUACUCCCGAAGAGGGAUCUGGGAUCUGCUGCUCAAAUACCGCAAAGACCGGACCAUCAUCUUAUCUACUCACUACAUGGAUGAGGCAGAGCUGUUAGGUGACCGGAUCGCCAUCAUCUCCCAGGGGAAGCUCUGCUGCUGCGGCUCACCACUCUUCCUGAAGUCCCAGCUGGGAUCUGGUUAUUACCUGACUGUGGUGAAGAGGGAAGGACUGGACACCAGCACUCCCAGCAGUACCAGUAUCUGCACCAGUACCAGCAUCAGCACCAAUAAGCUGCCUCCUCUCAAGGAUAGCGAGUCAUCCAUGAGUGAAGACACCGGGCUGGGAAGUGAAGACAGCAGCUCAUAUCUGGCGGCGUUGCUCUCCCUGGCACAGCAACACAUCCCAGGUGCGAGGCUGGUGGAGGAGUCAGGGCGCGAGGCAGUGAUCAACCUGCCGCAGACCGCUGCUAAGAACAGCAGCCUGGCAGUCUUUCUGUCUGAACUGGAUCAGCGUCUGACUGAACUGGGCAUCAGCAGCUACGGCCUUUCAGACAGCACACUGGAGGAGAUCUUUCUGCGAGUGGCGGAGGAAACCAAUGUGGAUGCUGAACCUGAGCUGCAGGCUGAAUCUCCCCAAAGCCAGCAGCCUUCAGCAGGACAGAGGGUGGAGAGACAACACGCUGAAGAACCAGAGACAGAACCACAGGAGACAGACCUGCUGAGCGGAGAUGGCCGAGGAGGAGUCCCCCUGACCGGCUGGUGGUUGACGUGGCAGCAGCUAAGGGCUCUUUUCAUCAAACGCUGGCUUUACGCUCGGAGAAGUCGCAGGGGCUUCUUCGCUCAGAUUGUUCUGCCUGCUGUGUUCGUGCUGAUUGCCCUUCUCUUCAGCCUCAUCGUACCUCCAUUUGGGAAGUACCCUUCCCUGCAGCUGCAGCCCUGGAUGUACGGAAAACAGUACACCUUCUUCAGCAACGACGCCCCUGGGAACCCAGCCAUGGAGAACUUGCUGGAAGCUCUGCUGGACCAGCCAGGUUUUGGUACCAAGUGCAUGGAGACAGAAGAAGAGGACAACAGCACAAGUCCUCAGUGUGAAGGUGAGCGGGUUGGCCUGUUCAUGCGGCCACAGGUUUCCUACUCCACCUGGCAGAUGUUCAGCAGAGGCAACUGGAGCAGAGACACACCUUCUCCUGUAUGUCAGUGUAGCACGGAGGAUGUCCGCCGGAUGCUCCCAGACUGCCCGCAGGGCGCUGGUGGACUGCCACCUCCUCAGAUUAAGAGGCUGACUGGAGACAUCCUCCAAAACCUGACAAGUUAUAACAUUUCUGAUUACCUGGUGAAAACCUACUCUCAGAUCCUCAAGAAAAGCCUGAAAACCAAGAAGUGGGUGAAUGAAUUCAGAUACGGAGGCUUCUCUCUCGGGGGCAGCGCCACCCAGACUUUAUCUCAAGUCCAUCACGUCCAAGACUCGAUCAUGGCAAUUAGGACUCGUUACAGAGUUCCAGAGAACAGUUCGCUGAAUCAUUUCCUUAACCGACUGCCGGGUUUUCUUGGAGGACUGAACAGUGAAAACAACGUCAAGGUGUGGUACAAUAACAAAGGUUGGCAUGCCAUGGUGUCAUUUGUCAAUAUUAUGAACAACGGCCUGCUGAGAGCGAGCCUACCACCAGGUCCGGAGAGGAGGAAACACGGCAUCACUGCCUACAACCACCCACUCAACCUCACCAAGGAGCAACUCACCGAAAUGGCCAUGAUGACCACAUCAGUGGAUGUUCUCGUUUCCAUCUGCGUGAUCUUUGCCAUGUCCUUUGUGCCAGCCAGCUUCGUCCUUUUUCUGAUCGAAGAGCGAGUCAGCAAAGCCAAACACCUUCAGUUCGUCAGCGGGGUCAAGCCCAUCCUCUACUGGCUGGCCAACUUCACCUGGGACAUGUUGAACUACACCGUCCCAGCCACCAUGGUGGUGCUGAUCUUCAUCAGUUUCCAGCAGCAGUCGUACGUUUCUGAGACAAACCUGCCCGCUCUCAUCCUGCUGCUCCUCCUCUAUGGGUGGUCCAUCACCCCCCUCAUGUACCCAGCAUCCUUUGUGUUCACUGUCCCGAGCACGGCUUAUGUGGUUCUGACUUCCAUCAACCUCUUCAUUGGAAUCAACGGCAGUGUUGCCACCUUCGUCCUGGAGCUGUUUGUAGACGAGCAUUUGAACGAGGUGAACCGGAUCCUGAAGAAGGUCUUCCUCAUCUUCCCUCAUUUCUGUCUGGGACGAGGACUCAUCGACAUGGCCAAAAAUCAGGCCAUGGCAGACGCCUUCCAGAGACUGGGCACCAAACAGACUCUGGAUCCUCUCCAGUGGGAUUUUGUAGGGAAGAACUUGUUUGCGAUGGCAGCUGAGGGUGUUAUCUUCUUCAUCUUCACCAUACUGCUGCAGUACAAGUUUUUCAUUCACUUCAGGCCUUGGUGGGCUGAGCCUGAGAUGCCUCCUCUUGGUCCAGAAGAUGAAGACAUUGCGAGGGAGAGACAGAGGGUCAAAAGUGGCAAAGCCCAAUCAGACAUCCUUACCAUGAUAGAUCUGAGCAAGGUCUAUAAAGCAGGCAGAAAGCCGGCGGUGGAUCGUCUCUGCCUCGGGAUUCCACGUGGCGAGUGUUUCGGCCUGCUGGGGGUGAACGGAGCAGGUAAGACCUCUACAUUUCGCAUGCUGACUGGAGACACACCCAUCACUCACGGAGAGGCUUUCCUCAACCACUACAGUGUGCUGACAGAGAUGGAGCGAGUCCACCAGCUGAUGGGCUACUGUCCACAGUUUGACGCCAUCAGCGACCUGCUCACAGGUCGGGAACAUCUGGAGCUGUACGCCCGCCUGCGGGGGGUCCAAGAGAACGCUGUCACCAAGGUGGCACAGUGGGGGGUGAAGAAACUGGGGCUGACGCAGUACGCUGAACGGGAGGCCGGAGGCUACAGUGGGGGCAAUAAGAGGAAACUCUCCACUGCUAUCUCUCUCAUCGGGGCUCCGCCUGUUAUAUUCUUGGAUGAGCCCACCACUGGUAUGGACCCAAAAGCCAAAAGAUUUUUGUGGAACUGCAUCCUCAGUGUCACCAAAGAGGGAAGAGCUGUAGUUCUCACCUCCCACAGUAUGGAGGAAUGUGAGGCUCUCUGCACCAGAAUGGCCAUCAUGGUUAAUGGCAGGUUCCAGUGUCUGGGAUCUGUACAACACCUGAAGAACAGAUUUGGCGAUGGCUACACCAUCAUCCUUCGUCUGGCGGACACUAAAUCAAACCCGGACUCGUGUCCCAUCAGCACCUACAUGAAGAACUCUUUCCCCAGCAUCGAGCUGAAGGAGCGUCACCUCAACGUGCUGCAGUAUCAGCUGCCCUCGCACGCCUGCUGCCUGGCUCGUGUCUUCGAUGUGUUGGCCAACAACUAUGAGGAGCUGGGCAUCGUCGACUUCUCUGUUUCACAGACCACCCUGGACCAGGUGUUUGUCAACUUUGCUAAAGAGCAGACUGAUGACGACCAGCUCACCAGCGUGGUUGUCAGCAACGGGACAGUACAGACCAACCUGGCUGCACUUGCCAACAGGAUCAACCCGCCCACCAUCCAACCACAACCAGCCAUCACACCUCCUCAGCAAAGCAAGACUCCACAGCAGCAUGCACAGUCAUCAGACAGCAAACCAAAAGAGGAUAAAUCAAAAAAGGCUAACUCUAGCAAGGGCAAAUCUAAAGAUGGUAAAGCUAACGAUGAAAAAAGCAGCAGUACAGCAAUGACCAGAUUACCUCAGCAAGAGGAGAAGGACCAGGAGAUGCCUCAGACGAGCCGGAGGAGCAGUAGUGGAUCAAACGGCAGCCAUGGUGGAGUUCAGGGGGAAUCCAGUAAAUCCAGUGGGUCCAAAAACAGAGGAGACAAAUCCAGUAAAGAUCCUUCUGCACUUUUUAUAGUUAGCAGGAACACACAGGACAGCGCACUGUGAAGUUACUGGUGCAACCUGAGUGCAUGACGCAGGUUAAAAGGACCAGUUACAGACAAACACCUUCUCUUACUCAUUUUAUGUUCAUUUGGAGGUUGCUUAGUGUUGGCAGCAAUCUCAAUAUGCAACAUAGGACAACUGAGCUCACUUAAAGUCCACCGGUAAGAAGUGAACAGUGAAACUGGUGCAAUUUGAAAGUGACUCAGUUCCCUUAAAUUUAUCCCCUCGGGCUUCUCUGAAGAAAGAACCAAAGGUAAUUGUCUCCAAACAAUGGCUUAGCUGCUUUUUUCAUCCAUUAACUGAUUUUUUUUUUUAUCUGUAUACAUAUGUGUAGCUUUAUACCCUUUAUUUGGGUUCAUAAAUCCAACACUGUGUCUUCUCUUUCUGUAUCAGUCUCAUAGGUCCCAAGUUGUAGUUUAUCUAUUCUUAAAGAAUAUUAUUCAAGGGUCAGUGUAAAAACAGUGGGUGGCGUUCCUCAGGGCUAAAUCAUUAGACCUCUCACAAUCUCGUCUUUAUUUUACAGAAAGCACUUUAAAAAAUGAAAAUGCUGCAGACACUCAAACAGUAGCUGAAGUAAAUGUGUUAUAUGUACUUAUUAAGAUGAUUUUGUAUGUCAGAAGGCAUUUGCAUGGUUCUAAAUGCCUUCUGAACAACAUAGUGUCUCUUAUGUGGAGAUACUUCUUACUGCAAGUUCGUCUUUGAAUAACACUUAGAUAUUUAAUGAGGAACUUAACAAAUGUUUUUUAAAUCAAGAAUUUUUUGUCCAGUUUCUGUCAAAAUGUUGUUUUUGUUUUUUUAUUUUUUAUUUUAAGUGAUUGGUCAUUGGGUAACAGUGCCACUGUCCAAAUGAAGGGUAUUACGUAUGACUGGGAGGCAGGAAACCUAUAUUUCUGCCUGGUAUUUACUGUUGUUGUUAUAGUUGUUUAAUAAGGAAGUCAUGUUUUCUUUUUUGUUUUUCCUUUAUAUAUCAUAUCACAUGUAGAGGAAUCAUACAUCCAGACUUAAGCUCUUGAAGGGUCUGGAAGCCUCAUUUAAUCAUUCUUAAAUGAUUUAAUUAUUUUAAAAAUAUAAAACUAUUGAGGAAGCUUCACACACAGGUGUGACUCUAUAUUGUUGUAACUGUCUUUACAAAUUCUUCUACUACUGUGGAGGUGACUACUUCUAUGCCAAUCAUUCCAAAUUCAAAGAAUAAUCAAGAUCAAUCAUAGAAUUAAUAGUAGAAUUCAGUUUGGCAGUUUUUUUUAUUA